CAGACACUCACCCGGAUAAACCAUUCCACUAAUCCAUCUUUGAGAUUUCGUUUUGAUUCGAACAUUUGCUGACGUAAGCAAAUGUUCUUUCACCCUUAAACCCUCUCCAUUCACCAUUCUCUGCAAAACCCUAACCCCCACUCGAGCUCCAAAUUUUCCAUCGCAAUGGCGGAACUUAACGAAGAACAAGACAAGAGAGAACUCUACGCAGUUUUGAAUUUAUCCCCCGAAGCUUCCGAUGAAGAAAUUCGCAAAGCAUAUCGUCAAUGGGCGCAGCUCUAUCACCCCGAUAAGUUCCAAUCUCCUAACUUAAAAGAUGCUGCUACGGAGAAUUUCCAACGAGUGUGUGAAGCGUAUGAGAUUUUGUCAGAUCCAAUUAAAAGGCAAGUUUAUGAUAUCUAUGGUAUGGAAGGAUUGAAAUCUGGUUUGGAACUUGGUCCGAGUUUGGAGAAAGUUGAAGAGAUUAAAGCUGAAUUGGAUAGAAUGAAGAGAAUGAGGGAACUGGAAAAGAAAGCGGCGCGGAUUCAAUCUUCCGGGACGAUUAUGUCCAAUAUAUCUUUGCCACAGUAUCUAGUUGGUGAAGGCCUCUUCCAAGGAAUGGCAAUGACAAGUGAAAUUCAGUCUGAGUUGUCAAAACGAAGUGUUGCCGUGAUUGGCGGCAAUUUAGCAGUUGAUGGACAUGUAGGUGGUGGAGGUGCUAAUGCUGUAUUAAGUCAUCAACUUUCAGAAGCUUCGUCAAUAGACUUUAUGGCUUCAGCUGGUUUACGUUCGCUACUUGGGGUUCAGACAUCUCGGCAUAUAUCCUCACACUCAUCUGCAACAGCAGGCUUAACACUGUCUUUGAAAGAUGGUUCAUUGAAUCUUUCUAAUGCAUGGACCCGCCAACUGUCAGAUACAACAAACGGAAGUAUACAACUCUUGUUGGGAUCACAUUCAUCUGUAGCCGUAGGGUGGCAGAAAAAAGAUAAGAGAAGGACUGCUUCUGGAGAAGUGAAGUUUGGCACAGGUUCUUUUGAGACAUCGGUUCAUUAUACUCAUCGAUUUUCUUCUAAAUCUCAUGGCUGCAUUGCAGGAAGAGUUGGGAGUUCUUCCAUUGAGAUGGAAGUUGGUGGUGGAAGGAAGUUAUCAAAAUUCAGUACUGUGCGCUGGUUGUAUGUAAUUGGAAUUCAGGGUAUUUCCUGGAGAUUUGAACUCUAUCGUGGGGGUCAGAAGCUGGUUGUUCCUAUUUUGCUGACGGAUUAUUUGAAUCCUGUGUUUGCUACUGGAGCAUUUGUUAUUCCAGCAUCUUUUUACUUAGUUCUGAAGAAAUUUUUCAUUAAACCUUAUUACCUUAAAAGGAGUAAGCAGAAGGCUCUGGAGAAGGAGGGGAAAAGUUCUGCUCAGGUUCAAGAAGGAAGGGCUGCAGCGGAAAAAGCUCAGAAAUUACAACAAAAUGUGGCUAAUAGGAAAAGAAACAAGCAAUUAGAAAUGGAUGGACUGGUUAUUAUGAAAGCGCUAUAUGGAAGUGAUACAAUUCUAAACAACUUGGAUUCUUCAAAUGAAACCAGUUUUGAAUCUACUUCAGGAGUCAUCGAUGUUACAACGCCUCUAAACUUUCUAGUUAAUGAUUCCAGUCAACUUAAGCUUCACGAAGGUGUAAAGAAAUCAGGAAUCAUGGGUUUCUGUGAUCCCUGUCCAGGAGAGCACAAAAUGUUAUAUGUAGAAUAUUCUUAUGCCAGCAAUCAACACAGGGUCUUGGUUGAUGACUAUGAAGAAUUACUGAUACCCCAGGGCAUCCACAGGAUAUAAAGAAAUACUAGUAUACACAUCUCUAUCUUAGUUACCCCGUCCAGUUUUGCCUUGUUUGCGUGCUCGAGGUAAAACAUUUUGUACUGUUAGAUGGAAUUAAAAGAGAUACCUUCUACCAUAUUUGGGCCAGUGGUAUCCUCACUUUUAACUUAUUUUUGUUUUCCUCUUUUGUUACGCCCUGAAAAUGUAUGAAAUAAGGGUAUUUUAGGAUGUUAUUGUAGUAUUUUGUCAUGCUGUUGCACUCUGCCCUGUGUCAACAUUGCUGCCGCUGCUGGACCCCAAAUUUGGGGAUUGUUCCUUUUAUUGUGUGUUGGUUGUCCUUGCCCAACCAUAUAAGUUCACUCUUACCCAAUGGCUGUAAUUUUCACCUGGGUUUGUUGCUUUUAGUUGGUACAUCAGAAGUGACAAAACAUCAGAGGGAAUAAACAUUGAGUGCGGAAAUAUUUUUGCAUCUGUUCACUUUCU